AUGGCCAACGUGACGCCCAUGGGCGGCCCUGUUGGCGCACCGAUGCCCAUGAUGAAUAAUAAUGCCGCCAUGAACCCUCAAAUGGUGGCCGCUGCCGGCGCAGGGCGACAGGUGCAGGACCAGCGCAGCACUCUCAACACAUACAUUUACGAAUAUUUCCUCAGACAUCAGAUGUACGACUGUGCCCGCUCUCUGCUGGCCAGCGAUCAGCAGGUCAACGUGAACAAGGAAGCCGGCGGCCGUCGCGAAAAUGGCAACGCCAUGAACGGCGUCGACGACCCCAUGGACACCGAUUCCAAGGACGACAGCGACUCCAAACUGCCAGAGGACCUGCCUCCUCCCAAGCUACCGAUGCCAGCUUCGGAUACAUCCUUUCUCUACGAGUGGUUUUGUGUGUUUUGGGAUAUCUAUACUGCCCCACGCGCCAAGAAUGGCAACCAUAUCGUCAACCAAUACGUUCAGCAUACUCAGCAGCAACAGCGAAUGAAGCAGUCUCAACAGCAAGAGAUGCUACGUCAAAUGCGCCCUGAAAUAUCGGCGCAACAGUAUCAGGCUCAGGCAUUCAUGAGAAACAUGCAGAACACCAACAUGACCAUGGCCAUGAAGCAGCAGCAGCAGCAGCAUCAAACCAAUCUUGCCCGAGCAGCCAUGGCCAACAAUCAAAAUCCCAAUAUCCAGAUGCUUCAUGCAAAGCAGAACCAAAUGCAGAGGGAUCCUUCCGGCAUGGACGCCAACCGUGAUCGGCCAUCAUCGCCCGCCUCGGGAGAAAAUGCGCCAUCUCCCUCAAAACGUCAACGAAUGGACGGCGCUCCUUUCAACGCUAAUCAGCCCGGCGCCAUGAUGAACGGCCGCCCCGGCCAAAACAUGCCUGGCCAGCCGAUGGCUGUGGCCGGCAACCUCACAGCUGCCUCGCAGGUCCUGGCCGCCAACGGCAUCAACCCCAACCAGCUCAACCCCCAGCAGAUGCAAAACUUUGCCAAUACGCCACCCGCAGCCCAGCAAAAGUCCAUCGCAACCUACUCGCACAACCUCCAGCAGCAUCAUGGCAACCAGAUGGGCAGCAAGCAGAUGGUGGGCGGCGUGCCUCAGAACCAGAGCUCUCCCAUGAUGGCCCCGGGAGGCCCUGACGGUAAUGCUCUCAAUGCGUUUUACGGCCCCACCAUGGACGGCCCCAACGCUAUGCGAGGAGGAGGAGGGCAGGCCCAGCCCACCGGCAGCAACCAUGCUCUGCAGGACUAUCAGAUGCAGCUGAUGCUUCUAGAGCAGCAGAAUAAGAAGCGGCUGAUGAUGGCUCGCCAGGAGCAGAGCGACAUGGGCGGAAUCCCCAGGGACAACCAACCGGGAGCAGCCGGACCCAAUGGACAGCCCUUCCCAGACACAUCACCACAGGCCAUGAGAUCCGGCACUUCUCCCAACCCGGCUGAGCAGAUGAAGCGCGGCACUCCCCAGAUGAACAACUCUGGCAUUUCCUCGCCUGUUCCCGAUGGUGCACAGUCCCGCGAGUCUCCCAACCCCGCCAUGAACUUCCUGGGCAACCACGUCAACGUCAGCAUGGCACCUCACUUCUACAAGGGAGGAGCAGACGAAAGCAUGGCCGCUGCACAGGCCCAAAUGAACGGCAUGCGACCGCCCAGCUCACACCCCGGCCAGCCAUUCAAUGGCCCGAUGAACGCACAGCAGCAGCAGAUGAUGGCCGCUCGGCAGGGCGUCCCAGGCAACCCCCAACAGUGGCAGCAAGGCAUGAACGGCCAGAUGGUGCCUGGUGGUAUGCCGCAGCAGGGUCAGCCAGUCCAGGGCACUCCCCAGCAGCGAUCAAUGCCUCCUCCAUCGGCGCCUGCGGCAGCCAACGCAAACAACAGGACGACUGCAUCCCCCCAGCAGGCGGCGGCAGCGCCUCCUACACCUAGCCAGAGCAACAAGGCGGCGCCAAAGAAGAAGGAAUCUAAGAGUGCCAAGGACAAGCGACUUGCUGCACAGAAGAAGUCCAACCAGAACAACAACGCCGCUGCUUCUGCCGCAGAGAAUGGCGCAGAGGCCGAGGUCAAUGCGCCGGCAACUCCCAUCACCCCAGUCGUCGCCCCUGGAAGCUUCAAGGCCAACCAAGCUGGCAACCCCACGCCAAAUGCACCUGCACCAACAGUCACCACAGGUGUCCCAACUCCUGCUGCUGCGGCCAGUGCGCCGGUACCUCAGCCGGCUGCUCCCUUGCAGCAACCCGCCCAUGACCUGGUUGGGCCCACCUCAUUAGGAGCAAUGGAAAGCAACUUUGGAAUGCAGGACUUUGGUACAAUGGACAUGAAUCCUCUUGGCUCCACUGACGUCCUCAACGACUUCGAUUUCGACUCGUUUCUGAAUGAUGGCGAAAAUGGCAAUGAGGACUUUGUCUUCCCCGGUGGAUACUCAGGGAUGGAAGGUGGAGAGAUUGGUGCAGAGUAG